AUGUCCGGCUACGGUAACGAAGGCUACGGCCAGCAAGGCGGGUACCAGCAGGGUGGCUACAACCAACAGCAAGGCUACCCGCCUCAAGGCCAGGGCCAAGGCCAAGGGUACGGCAGUGAGCAAGGAUACGGAGGCUAUCCUCAACAACAGCAAGGCUAUGGUGCUCCACCUGCUCCUAGCUAUGCUCAGGACUACCAGCAGCAAAGCUCCUUCGGCCCACCGCAGCAGGGCGGCUUUCAGCACGGUCAUCAGCAGCCCUACCCUGAGCAAGGCCAAGGCCAAGGGCAAGGCCAAUACGGUCAGGGCCACCAGCAGCAGGACUACAACCAAGGUGGCGCCUGGGGCCAAGGCCCGCCACCGUCAGGCGACCCAAGUAACCCCUACGGCUACGAUCGCGACCCAGCCGACCCAAACAACCCGCAAGAGGGCGAGCGUGGCUUCGGCGGUGCAGUCGCAGGCGCUCUAGCUGGUGGCUUCGGUGGUCACAAGAUGGGCGGUCAUGGCAUUAUCGGUGCUCUUGCCGGUGCAUUCAUGGGCAGCAAGGCGGAGGAUGCCUGGAAGGAUCACAGACAGCACGAGCAGCAGCAACAGUACGGCGGGUACGAUCAAAGCUCGUAUGGAGGUAGCCAGUACGGCGGCUCCGGAUCGGGUCACCAUCACCAUCACCACAAGCGCGAAGGCGAGUACUAG